UUCAAUCAAAGCCCAUAGAAAGUGACCCACCACUCUCUGCCUUCAGGGCGGGUGCUAUCCUACAACUGAAAAAAGCACACCAAAUUCUCAGAGAAGGCUCACUCCCAGAACUGGAUCUGGAGUUCCCGUAAUAAUGUGGAAGCACGGAAACAAAUCAAAGGCAUGGAAUGGGCCUCAAAACCGAUGGGUCGCAUUUCUCGCAGUAUGUUUUACAUUAGUUUUUCUAGUUUUCAUAUUGUCAGCUGGCAACACCGUCCCAAAGACCAGUUCAUUACUUGGACUUCCGGAGGAAAAGUGGAAUAGCUAUGAGUCAGUGGUGCGGUUUUCUCCAACCUUAGAGUUUCCAAAUGGAACAGAAAUAAUAUGGCAAAUACCAGAUUCACCUAAAGCAGUUCUUUUUCUGGCGCAUGGUUGCGGAGGUAGAGCUCCUCAUUUUUGGGAUAAAUCUUCUCACUGCCCUGACUGCAUUGGUUUGCCAGAGGAAAGGCUAAUUGCUCUUAAUUCUCUUGCCCGAAAGUUUGCUGUCAUUACCAUAUCAAGUGUGGGGACAUGCUGGACUAUGGGGAAGGAGCUAAUUAGAGUUAAAGAUAUUAUCAGAUGGUGGGUUGAGAAAAACAAGCUUGAAAAGCUUCCUCUUGUUGCUAUGGGGGCCUCUUCUGGGGGAUACUUUGUUUCUGUGCUUGCCACUGUGUUGAAGUUCAAUAGUAUUGCAAUCAUGAUUGCCGAAGGGGUGUUUGAUCGAGUCAAAAUAGAAGAGAGCUAUCCCCCAACCCUUUUCAUGCACAUGCCCAAAGAUAUAGUUAGGCAGCAGAAGAUUGAUGAGUACAUGAAAGUUUUGAGGAAUAAAGGUGUUGAUGUUGCAGAGCUCAAAUGCAUGGAGUUCCCCUUGUCGCCACAUCUCUUAGCUGAUAGAAUCCCAGGUCUUGAUCAGUCUGUUUCUGCUAAGUUGUUUGAACUCUUCCGGCAAAAGGGUUUUAUCGAUGAGAAUGGAUAUAUGAAGAAUGAUGGCCGUAGAACACAUUGGAAAGAAGCUGUGAGAGAGAGUAAAAUUAUUUCUCUAGACAAGCAUCUGGCCCAUUACAUCCAAGAGGAGUUAAAUCUUGCAUUUGCGUACCAUGAAAUGACCAGCUUGCACUCUGACAGGAUGUUUAAAUGGUUUGAAUCUCAUAUGAGGUAACCGCUUGCCAAAUUCUCCCUUGCUUUGCCUGAUUUGAUGGAUCUGGCCCCAGCUUUGAAGUAAUUUCAGUGCAUGGCUUAGCACCAGCUUUUUGUUCGGUACUUGUUUGAAGGUUGCACGAUGAAGAGUGUACAUGAUAGAUAUACAGUAUCUGUUAGGUCAACUGUAAACUUGGCUGCCCAAUGUAAGUGUAAAUUAAUCUUCCUAUUACAUCAUUUGGAAGUAAGAAAGAAUUAUAAAAGUAGUUUUCUGUUCAAUAAGAUA